UAGUAGUAGGUAGUAGUAGCAGCAGCAGCAGCAGUCAGUUGGCUAGCUGCGAUUGGAGCGUGCACGGCGGCGUGUACUUACUCGUAUUAUAUUUACCUAUACUUAUAUCGCACUGUGCAGCGCGAGCCCACGCUGGCACUGGAUAUAGGUAGUAGUAGUAGUGCAUACAGCCCCCGCUCGACAAAGUCAGUGUUGCAUUCCGGGGAUCCUCGAAUUGGAGUCCGCCAGAGACAUCUUAUAUAUAUUUUUGGUAUACGUACGACGCGAACGAUAGCAGUGCGAAAAAGUCACGCUACUACUUGCUGCAAUUCUGUCGCCCCCCGAACAGUGUCUGUGUGUGCAUCCGUGUCUGCGCAGCCGAGUAUCCUCUCAGCGUGUAUUGGUGCAUACGAUAGCCCCCGAGAGAAUCGCGUAGUACUAUACUUGCGCCACUAUACUCGCGCUGAUAUACGUGCACUGUGUGUGUGUAUUUUGUGUAGUACACAACUAUACAAGAGUGCAGUGUCGCGAGCAGUUCGCAGCAGUGUAUGCGUGCAUUACUACUAGCUAUGUAUAGUAUAGGUAGUGGCUGGCAGCAGUAACGAAUCUUCCGCAUUCGUAAUACGCUUCGUAGUAAAACUGCAUCUCUCUCUCUGGUCGCGCGCGCGGAACAAUUACGGAUAUACUCUUUACAACUCGAUCGUCGACGUCGUCGUCGUCGUCGUCGUCGUCUCGGAGAGCCCACAGUCGAGUAGUAUAACGCGAGACUCGUGUGUACGUACGUUUGUAUGUACGUCGGCGCCUCUGCUAUCUGAUAUUUAAGUUUUUCGGCUGCAGAUUAUAAGAAGAAACAAAACAGCAUAGACGAGAGGAAGAAUCUACGCAAGAAGAGGAGGAUCGACGUAGUUUCGUAGUAAAUAUAAAGAAUUGGCACACAUUCAGUGGAUCAGAGACUGAGAUGCCGGUUAACUCGCUGCACUCGCAGCAGUGCACGGCUACCGGUAGUCUGUCAUCGCGAACCCAACGACAACAUCCACAACUACAGCUACAACGACAACAACAUCGUCGACAGCAGUAACGCGUCGACAGCUGCAGCAUACAAUAAGUGCAGUGCAGCAGUGAGAGCCGCCGAUAAAGUGCGCGCCAUGGAGCGGCGGCCUUUAUCGAAUUCCCGCUUGUUUUUGUGAAUGAAAACACAGUGUUUGUUGUGUGUGCUGCAGCAUAUAGUUAUACAGUAUACCUCUGCACGGAACGGAGCAAAAGAGAGAGAGAGAGAGCAUAAUGUGCUCCGGCGGGUAGGGCGGACGCCAUGACGGAAACGCGCCGCGGUCGCUGCUGCCGAAGAAACCUGUGAGUGAAGCAGUGUGCGUGUCUCUGUGUGUGUACACACUACACAUACCGCCGCCGCCGCCACCGCCACCGCCACCGCGUGUAUACGUCUUCCCACUCUUCUCUCCUCUUCGCUCGUUGUAUCUGUCUCUCUCUCUCGCUCUCGAGGUGCUUAUAGGAUACAUAUUCGCACGACGCAGCUCAUCGUCGUCGUCGGUAUACACCACACACAAAAUACACAGUGUUAGCUUUGGUGUCAGGCUGGAUAGCAAAGCGGCAUGCUCCAUUCGUCGUCGUCGUCGUAAUUUUGCCGUCGACGGUGAGAUGCGAGUCGCCGGCUGCCUGCAUACAGAGUACGAGUGCACCAGUGACUAAGUGUGCGUACGUGUGAGUGUGUGUGUGUAUAUGUUUGCGUGUCCUCGUGCCGGUCGUCGUCGGUACACAGUAGUGCGUGGGUGCGCGUGCUACACAGCGCGCGGCUAACAAUAAUAAAAAUAAUAAUAACAACAAGAGCACGCGCAGGUGAUGCUGCUCCGAAAUAAGCAAGCAGCAAUCGUAAUAAUAACAAUUUUAUAAUUCACGCCGAGAGGAGGAGGAGAGAAAGAAGCGGUAAUGGACGCGUAGCCCUUUUCGCGAGGUUCGCGAGCGUGGACAAAAAUAUAUAUUAUAAUAAUAUAAUAUAUCGAAGUGCGUUAGGAGUGCGCGCGCGAAGAUGUGCGACGAGUCCGCUGCAGCGACGGCCUGCACGCCGCCGGCGCCGUUGCCACUAAUACCGGCAACAACACAACAGCAGCAGCAGCACGAGCAUCAGCAGCCGCUGCCGCAGUUAGUACACCACUCUCUGCAUCAUGCUGCAGCCGGCGAAAACAACAAGUUCGACGGCACCAUGCUCAAGUUUCUCACGCACAAGCUGAGAAGCCAUUCGCUCAACGACGAGUCUAAUCAGAAGGUGGACGACGACCACGACUCCGGGACCGAGUCCGACGACGAGUUUCAGAAUGGCAACGACGUCAGCGACGAGCUCGACACCGCGAUGGACAGUCUGGACGAGGCGUCGACGGCCCGGGAUAGCGCCGUGCCAUCCGAAGCCGAUCUCGGCCAGUCGCCCUCGUCGACCACCACGACGACACCCUCGUCGAUUCUCAACUAUCACUGCACGCUACCGCCCCGUCAGCCGCCCAUGCUGCAGGCGGCCUGUAGCAGCAGCAGCGGAUGCAGCAGCACCGAGACACCCGUUCCGUUCGACUUGGCGCUCCUGGGCAGUCUGCAGGCCGCCGACCAGCACAGCUCCGAGGAGGAGCUCGAGGUCAUAAACGGGCCCAACAAGGUGGGCCCCACCCCGGCCGAGGUGGUGGCGAGCAGCAGCAGUCGGCAAGUCGUGGCGCCGACGCCGGUGCGCGCGAGGCCGACCACCUCGGCGCCCGAGAAGCGGAAGUGGUCCGAGGCCAAUCAGCAGCAGAGGUCGAACUGCGACGAGGCGGACGUCGGCACGGCGUACUCCGCUCCCGUCAGUCGAUUAGGUAGAGAGACCGGCUCGGGCUCCAGCGAUGAGGAGAUCCAAGGACUCUGCUACAGUCGAAGCGGCAGCGCGUUCUCGCAGCCCGUGCAGUUUCGCAGCUCGCCGCCCCAGGACGCUCACAGGCCGGUGCGCUCGUUGUCGCCGCCGCCGAAACUGUUUCAUGCCUCGGCCUCGGCCGCCGUGGCUGCCAUAUCUUCCUCGUCAAAUUUGCACAGACCUCGCUCGCGGCCGAGGCCACAUCAUCAUCAGUCCCAGCCGAACCUCGAGCCUCAUCAUCAUUUUUCCUCGCAUCACAGUCACAGUCAAAGGAGCCAUCAGCAGCAGCAGCAGCACGAUGAGCCCGUCGACAUGGACGUCAUGCCUGCGUGCAGUCCGAGAAAGAGGCACAGGCCGCCACACAAAUUGCCAAGACCUCGGCUGGAUUUCGAAAAAAUGCAGCAGCUGAAAACACAAGCGGUAACGAGGUGGCGACACACGAGCGAGCACGGAGGUGGCAGCGAACUAUCGGUUGGCUUCUGCUGGUGAGACCGGUGAGCCGUGGAUCCCCGUAAGGGUUCACGGUGACAGCCCGAACCACAGCACCAAUGCCGCGCCUAGUAUUGUCAGUCUCGGUUGUUUACAUCUCGUCGCAUACACACACCAAGUGAGCGAGUGUCAUCCUCAUCGUAGUCGAAACCAACACUACUUCGUUAGUUUUAGCUCAUUGUAGUACGUAAAUUGUGUCAUUCGAGUUGACGCAUGUAGUACGUACGAAAAAAUAACGUAAUUUUGCAUAGGGACUUAUUACGAUCGAAGGGAAAACAAAUUCUGCUAGUAAUACGAUAUACGUAAUUUCUUCCAAUCACAAUGACGUUUCUAGUGCUCUCGUUCUUAAUCAUUUUUAUCCAUUCAUAUAAUAAUAACGUCAUAAUGUAUUAACGUAGACUUUGUGAUAAUUAUUAUUUUUAAUUGCUCUCUUGACGGAACUAAAAAAAAUCAAUUAUUCAUGUUCUAAAUUUGUUUUUAAACCUACGAACUUUCAUACGUAAAGUAUCAAAAUCGCAUGUUUCUCGCUUUUGGAAUAAAAAGUGAUUGCAGUAAAUUAAGCAAAAAAGCAGCAGAAAACAUGGUAAUAUAUUCUUCUAAGCAUCUCCAAAUCAUGAAAUUCUAUUUUUCGAUAUCGCUCGUGCAAAAAUAUACAUUUAUCACAUAGUAAACUUAACGAAAAAUGAUACUACAUGUAGAAAAUUUAAGAGCACUGGAUGUCAAGUAUAAGCCAUUGUAAGUUUCUAUAUGAAUGAUUUUCUUUUAUUAAAUAAAUAGUAAUACGGCGCCUCUUUGAGAAAAAAACAUUAAAUGCGAAAACAAACGAAAAAAUGGACGUAUAGAACUGAUAUGAAAGGAGAGUUUUUUUAACCUAAAAUUUGUAAAAACAAUAAUAGGCAGCUGAAGCUGCGAGAGGCAUGACUAGCAAUCGAAGUUGAGUAUGUUGCAAUUCAAUUGUAUAGAUGUAACUACAAAAUUUUUAUAUCUUAAUUGUAUUAUUGUGAUAAUAAAAAAUUAGACUACGAGAAACAUUUAACCGGUUAAUUAAAUUAGCGUGCAUUGGUACUUGCGUAAUAUCGCUAUAAUUUGUUGAAUAAACUGAGGGGCGAACUGUGCAAGACUUGGUUACUUAUAUAUUCAGAUAUUUGUAUUUGUUAUAGGAAUGUGAGUUUAAAUGAUGUAGGAAUUAAUUCGAAUAACGUUUGCUUUAGACUUUAAACUUCGUUAAAAAUCUUAUCGUUCGUUUUACAUCCAGAAAAAGUUUUCAUUGAAUGCGAAUGAUUUUAAUGAAUUUUUUUUAAAGAAUAUUUACGUUUUAGUAGACUUCUCUAAAUAGUUCGAAUUCAAAAUUUUUAGACUAGUGAUAUUACACUACAAUGUGUACAUAAAGUAGCAUUUUCUGGAUGUAAACGUUUUAAUAAAAUAAAUUGUACUUUUGUCGUGGACGACGAUAACGUCUUUUAGUUUAAUGUUUUAUACUGUUUAGAAGUAUUUACUUAUACCACUGUAACGUUUACAAGAGUGAGAUGUAUAAAAAAAUUCUUGAAAUGUUUUUUUUUCUUUUUUUUUUUUCAUUGUUUGAAAAGACUUGACUCACCAAACUCAUCUUGAAAUCAUAUUUACUAUUUUCAAAGGUCUCAACACUGCAAAUUGCCGAUCCAUGUAUUAUACUUUAUUUUGCUAUGUAAUACUUGGCAAAAAUUUGUAUUUUAUUUCAGUGCAAUAUGACUGUACGUGUUUGUUAAUUCAGAAAUUUUCAAACUAUAGUAAUCUAUAUCUGAAACUAAAUUGAAUUUCUAAAGACGUGGAUGAUCAACAUAACGCAAUAGCAGAGAAAUUCUGACAAUUUUUUACAAAAUAUUGAAAUACCACUCUUAAACUCAAAUAUUUAAUCGGCUCAAAGAAUGUGCACAUUUUAAAUCUACAUACAAUAAAUGAAAAUUUACAAUAACGAAGAAAAUAAUGAAUUCUUCAUUAACAUCAUUUUGCGUAUCUGAUGCAAUAUAUUGCCGCACUUGCCAUUAUAAUCAAAAUAUUUCUUUUUUGCAUUAAGAAACAUUCAUGAUAGGUAGUAAUUUUCAUUCGCUUGUACUGUAGAAAAGAAUGAGAAUAUAUUAAAUCACCGACGUUCAUUAUAAAAAAACAUCCUCUGUUCAUUGCUGCAUUAACUAUUAAGUUUUAAAAGAUCUCGAAUUUUACUUUUACAUUAGUUUUUCUCCGAAAGAGUAUCAUGUCAUUUUUAUCGAUAAUUAUAGUAAGGUAUAAAUCGACGAAUGAACGUGUGUAACGUUAUUAUUAAUUGCGACAAUGACGAAUAUAAUCGUGUAGAUCGAUAUUACUCUCGAGAUUUUCAAAAUAGUCAGAAACAAUGAUUUGUAAGGAUUAUUGCCCAUAAUUAUUCUACAAUAAUUGCAUGUAUAGGUAUGUGUAAGAUGAAUAUUAUUAUGCAUUGAAAACAAUAUACAAAGGCAUCAGUGGAAAGUACAGAUAACGUUUUUAAGUACAAGUAUGUAUAAUAAAAAAUACAAAAAAAAAGAAUUAUCCUGUGUCAUGCUGGAUACCUCGACGAUGAGAAAAAAAAAGAAAAUAAACGAACUUGCGUAAAAAAA